UAGAGCAAAAAAAGGUGGACUAGAAUCUCGUGCUAUCCUCUCAUCCUAAGCAAUCUCAAUUCUCUAGGGUUAGGUUUCCCCCUGAACUUCCAGUCCCUCUUUGAUUCCCUCGCUUUUCUCGAUCUCAUCGCCGCCGUCCGAUCGACCCUGUUUUCGCGAAAUAUGGUCGCGAUUCCCCUCAGGGUUCAGAAUUUCUCUCUCUUCAACUCGAGUCUGCUCCCGAUCCUUCAUCUCUCCCGCUCUUGUAGACGCUACAGGCUCUCUCUCUCUUGAUUCUGUGAUUUUCUGGAACGAUCUAGGGUUUCUGUUUGAUGCUGGAUAUUGUGUAAAUAGUGUGGAAAAUUAGGGGCGUUUUGGAGAUUUACGGUGCGAUUAGGAGUGAUCUGGUUAGGGUUUGACUUGAGAGGCUAUGUAUAUUGAGGAGUUGAAAGGAGGCGAAGGUGGAGAAGGAGUGGAGUUAGGGCAUGGGAGUGAUCGGAGCGGCGUCGUAGGUUCGGAUGUCAAGAGGGUGUUGAUCGGCGCCGGGGCUCGGGCGCUGUUUUAUCCGACUUUGCUUUACAAUGUCAUUCGGAAUAAGCUUCAGGCUGAGUUUCGCUGGUGGGAUAAGGUCGAUGAGUUUGUAUUGUUAGGUGCAGUUCCGUUCCCUACUGAUGUGCCUCGCUUAAAGGAGGUCGGAGUUCGUGGAGUUAUCACACUUAAUGAGCCAUACGAGACUUUGGUUCCAACGUCUCUUUAUCAGUCCAAUGGCAUUAGGCAUAUGGUGAUUCCUACAAGAGACUACUGCUUUGCACCAUCGCCGAAUGAUAUUUGUCGAGCUGUAAACUUCAUUAGUGAAAAUGCAUCAAAUGGGACAACUACAUAUGUUCACUGUAAAGCUGGAAGGGGCCGCAGCACGACCAUUGUUAUCUGCUACUUGGUCCAUCACAGGCAGAUGACCCCUGAUUCUGCCUAUGAAUAUUUGAAGUCAAUUCGGCCACGUGUGCUUUUGGCGUCUGCUCAGUGGCAGGCUGUUCAGGAAUACUACUAUUUCUUGGUGAAAAAAGCUGUGGUUUACAGCAAUUUGACAAAUCUGAUACUGAAUCCCCCAUGUUCAGCUCCCUCACAUGAUCUGCUUGCAUUUGACGAGGGCUCUGUAGUUGUGGUGACCGAAUCAGAUCUUGAAGGAUAUGAUGCUACUAUUGAGGCAGGUGCUGUGGGAAAUCAGAUAUGGGCCGACUUAAGUGUGGUCUAUCGGGUUCGAGUAGCUGGUCAGGCAGCUCUCACAAGGAUUUCAUGCCUGUGGCUCCGCUGCCAUGCUCAAAAGAAGAUUUCAGCAGAGAAGUUGGGCAGGGAAAGUAGCUGCUCGAUUACAGCUGAUCAUCUGGGAGGCAUUAGUGUGGACAUACAAGUUUACUGAGGAAAACCUCACUAAAUUGUAAAUACAAGAAAUAUGUUUGCCAAGUGUUUUAUAUUUUCCUUGUACAGAAAAUAUGGGAAAUAACGUUAUGUUAAGCUCUGCAAUAAACUCGCUUUUUCUCCGUCCUGUAAAUUGAGUUAGUAAUCGAAUGAAAGAGAGUUGAGCUUAAACCUUGUUUGUAUCUUUUAGUUUGCAAUGCAAGAUUUUAAUCCACAGG